AUGUAUUUGAUUGAUUUUAAAGAACAAACACUGCAAAGUUUUGAACGAUUAGAAAUUAUUGACAUGAAACUAGAUAGUAUCAAUGAAAAAUACUAUUCGAUUGUUGAGAACCCGGUUUCCCGCCUUUCUGAACCUCUUCCUACUCAGCUCAUUAAAAGGCUGAGGGUUGUGAACAAUGAGAUUGGUAUCAAAGAAAGAUCUGAAUUAUAUCUCUCGGGUGGUAUCAUGUCGAUUACCUCUCGAAUCCUUAUAGUGGACCUAUUGACAAAGCGAAUUCCUUCAUAUUUUAUUACUGGAAUAUUAGUGAACCAUGCAGAGAGGGUAAAUAAAACAUCAAUGGAGGCAUUCAUAUUGAGAGUAUAUAAAGAGGAAAAUCAGGCAUGCAGAUUUAUUAAAGCAUUUUCAGAUUCACCUGAAUCCUUUACUGGUUUUUCACCAUUACAACCAACUUUACAUUAUCUUCAAUUACGCAAAGUGUUCCUAUGGCCACAUUAUCAUGUUACUAUACGUGAGUGCCUUGAAGAACGAAAGGUCGAAGUGAUUGAAUUAUAUCAAUCCCUGUCCAAUUCCAUGCGUGAGAUACAAUCAGCUAUCCUUGAGUGUAUAGAUGCUUGUGUAGCAGAACUUAGAAAGACAAAUAUUGCUUGG